ACAUGUUUCAAUAAACAUGGCUGCAAUCAACAUCAAUAUGAGAGAUUUACAUGAACAUGGGAAUAGUGUUCUUUCUGAAGCGCAUAAAGGCUAUUAAAAAAAUAUGAAAGUUGGAUGAUGUCCAUAACAUUUUUUCAAUCACUUUAUAAUUAAAAAAAUCGUCAUUUCUCAUCAAUACAAUUACAUUAGAAACAGCUUUGAAACAAUAUAAGGAAGGCACUUUUAAAAAAUACUUAAAAACAGAAAACAAGACUUUGGGCAGAGGCGAUUUGCAUAAUAUUAUUUUUAGUUUAAAAUUAUCCAAUGGUGUUUAAACUUAAAAAAUGACGGAAAUCUUUUUCUUUUCGACAAUUAUGAGAAUUAUUCCGGAUUAGCUAUAUUGAAUGAUUAUAAUUGAGAAUCUUGGUAGGUGGUCAAUAUUGUUAGGCAAGGUUGAAAACAAGACGGAUUGAUAAUAUACAGAAAGGUAUUAUUUUUAUCUUUAGUUACCAGGAUUAGCUUAAGUUUUAUUUACAAGUAGUCUGGUAAUGAAGUGUGGUUGUUAUUAAUUUUUGUGUGUACUGAAAACUUUGCCUAAGCCGUCCUGCAUUGAGGGAUUAGAAAUGUCAGUUUUGUAAUUAAUUCAACUUGAACAAAAGUAAAAACGACCGUGCAUUGACGCAACCUCUGACCUUACAAAGAAUCAUCUGGUGAGAUAUUUUAUAUGUUUAUUAUUUAUUUCUAUAUCAAACAAUUAUUUACAUAAAUAUUAUCAUGAAAAUAUAUCGCAGCUUCGUAUAAAUGGAAUAUUAAAACUAAUUAUUAGAGUUUUGAUAAAUGGUGAUAUAAUUGUCUGCUUUGCGAAUAGCUCGAUUAACCAGUCUUCUUUAAUAUUAGUCUUGCUUACCCAAGACUCCAACCUUGUUCUAAUAUUUAGAAAAUCUAUGCAACUUUAACUUAAAUUUACUCACAACAACUUUGUUUUCAGGUCCCUAGAAAAAAAAUAAGGAUGAAGUUUACAAUGACGCACCUCAUUUGUUAGCAGGUUCUACAAAAUUUGGAUAAACUUUCUGUAAAUUCUGUAUUUUACAGACUCAAUUGGUGCUUACUUCAACCUCGUUUUUAGGGCUUGUUGGGAUUUUUAUAUUACUUAUAUUGUUCAGGCCGUCCAAAUAUAAAAAGCCUAACAAACCCUGGGGGCGAGGUUGUACUUACUUGUUGCUUGUUGCCGAUUUCUUUAGGAGGACCAAAAUCCACGUGUUCUCUGGCUUAGUUAGGUUUGUACCCACCUCUCCCCUAGGACUUUUUGUCUCUAAUUGGCGUUGCGCUUAUUAAUAGGUCGUUGUCCGAUAUACAAAAAGAGACAACAGGUCCUGGGAUCAAGGUUAAAGUUUGUGCGACAAUCGAGAUCAAUCUUCCGUGUUGGGAGCUAUUGCAGUUCUCUCUUCUUCUUUUUAUAUAAAUACUCACUUCAGUGUGACUGUUGCUUACAAGCUAUCUCGUUACCAGGGCUUUUUCGCCUCUUGGUAUGUUUUAUAGCCAGCGUGCACAUCAGAAAGUGAAAUUGGUCUACUAGUUGCUUCGUUUUAGGAAAGAUUACGGCCUCGUGUUGCUUGUAAAAAAAGCGCAUUACCAAAUCACAACCUCGUCCGCAGGGUCUUGUGACCCCUGAGCCGUUAUUACGGAGUGGCCUUCGUCGCCUCCGCUACCAGCCUCCAUCAACAAGGCAAAAUGCCCUGAGAAUAAAAUUGGUCAAACCAGUCUAUUAGAAUUCGAUUUAGGUAUCAGGGAAGAAUUUGGCAGGAAAGCUAAAAAAUCUGGACGAACACGGGUAAUUCGUUACAAGGUUUGUGAUAUACUGUGAUAAAUGUUCGACUUUGUGCUAAAUAACCCUCAUGCACCUUUUCUACUAAAUUUAAACCAUUUUCAGCAACUGAGGCAGCUGAAUUUCAAGUCCGUGUAGGCAACAUGAAAAGAUUUUUGUUUGACAUUCUCGAAUAGACGUCUGAUGAGGAGCACGUUUUUAUAUUAUAUUAUGUGUCUAAUGACAACGCUUGAACUUUAAUAAUUUCAAUUCAGUUGUUAAUUGUGAUUUUGUUUAUGGAUUCCAAGUACAGUGAAACCUCCUUAAAGCGGACAUUCUGUAAUACGGACCCCUCCCUAAGACAGACAGAAAAAUUUGACGAUCCUAGACGAUUUGCUAAUAAUAAAACCUCUCAAAAAAGAGGACAGUCCAAAGCGGACAACUCCUUCAUGCUAGUUCUGCAUGACUAUUUCUUUCAUAUUUACCUCUAAGAAUCGAAUAAAAAAACACAUUUUGUACCAGCUGUAUAACCUUGUAAUCAUUUUCAGUCUUGUUAGGUUUUUAUAUUUUUACCCUACUACCUAAAAUGUCCAAAAGAAUUUAGCAAAGUUUUUCUCUUAGGGCCAAAUUGUCCUUGUUUCUUUGCCUAACUGGGGGAGGGGAAAAGGGUAAUAUUGUCAUGCCUAAUGGAUUUCCAACUUUCGGGUAGAAUUUUUUCCACGUUUGUCGGCAAAAAAAGGAAAACCUCUCCAAUCUGUUGUCUCUUAAGUGCCCUAACUUAGGCGUGAAUAAAUGUUUCAGAAAAAUUCCAAAUUUAAAUCAACCAAUAAACACAAAGUAAUUUCACAGAGUAAACCCCAAAUUCACUUGACCAGUGUGGAGAAAGUCCGAGCCCACACCCACAUUUGUCACCUCAUUUUGUGCUAUAGUGGAUUGAGACAAGCCUUAACGCAAGAAAGUCAACAAGCAACAAGUGAGCCACAAUCGAGCCUGUAUAAUAAUAGAACUUAACAUUGAGCAAUAACAAAAACGUUUUUCUUUUUUUAAGCGGUCCACCGCUGUUGAAAAAUUUGUGGUAACUUUACUCAGCAUCAUAAAGUUUUUGAUAGGCAUAUGUUAAUUCUUUUCGCAUGUUUCAGUUCUUAAUUGAUUGAUUUUUGGAUUUAUUCUCAAAGCCAUAAAAACCCUCUACAUAAAAAGCUGUGCCUAUACCCCUGGCAACAUAAAUAUAUUGUAUACGUCAGUUUUUAAUUACUAAUAUUACCAUGUCUUUUGGGAUAAUUAGAAUAUAUUAAGAGGAAUUUAUUUAGUACCAAAACAAUUAAUUAAUACUAAUAACAGAGGUGGUUUUCCAUAGAAACAAAUAUUUAAACAAGCUCUGAUAUUUGCCGAAAAAUCGUCAAGACUCUUGACUUGAAAAUGGGAUAAAAAUUAGUAAUAUAUGGUUUCCGGUUCGAAUCCCCACUCCGGCGCACUUUAAAUGCAGUGUUGCCAGCUCACUUUGUACCAUGCACUGAACGCUAACCGGCUUGUGUGGCAGGCAAGUAGGUUAGAGCAAUGCUAUACGUAAUUCUGGCGGUAAUAUAACAUAGUUACAGUCGGAGGGGAGGGAGAGCCAAAGAGCAAUGCUAUACGUAUCUCUGGCGGUAAUAUAGCAUAGUUACAGUCGAAGGGGAGGAAGAGCCAACCGUUAGGAUGGAAUCCCCAAGGGCGUUAAAACUUCCCGCUACUUACUUACUUAGUUAAUAACUUACUUAGAUAUCUAAAAAUAUCAACGAUAUCAAUGCCAAUGAAAAUAGUCUGAGGUGGAUUAUUAAUGCAAAAAAUAUUUUCAUUACAAAGUGGACACUUGGGUUUCAUCAUGUACGCCAAAGAAUUAUAAAUAUAAAAUAUAAAACUGAAAAAAAAACAAAAACGGUCUAGCACUCUAUGACUGACGUUAAAAAUGACUAAAAUAAAAGAACAUAAAUAAAUGAAAUAAACAUGAAUAUAAAAUCUCGCAGAGGGAUGAUAAGAUAGGAAAAAACAAAACAAUAAAAACUGCGUUACCUAAUUAACUAUCAACUAUACCUGUUGUGUGCACCCAAAACCGGAUGCUGUGGCGAUGACGUCAUAACGUGGGCAAGUAUUUCAAUGAGGUACUUAAGUUUUAAAUACAAGCAAAGCAAUAAUAUUGAAAUUCUUUGAGUUUGUGGAAGAGAGAGAAAGAGAGAGAACGUUAGAAAUGCAUAGAAGGAUGAAAAAGAGUUCGUAAAAUUGAACUCAACAUGAUAUUCGAAAUUUUUGUUGCCAUUCUCACUCCACCUUUACUUUACGUGUUGUUCACCUAUCUUUAUCAUCUAUGGGAACUUCGCAAGUAUCCAGCUGGUCCGUUCCCUUUACCUAUCAUAGGUAACCUUCAUCAACUUGGUAAAAAGCCUUAUGAAUCACUUGCUGAACUGUCGAAAAUCUAUGGAGACGUGUUUGGCAUCAGCUUUGGUAUGACGCGGGCGGUAAUUGUGAAUACUAUUGAACCAACCAGAGAAGCACUUAUCACGAAAGGUGUUCACUUCGCUGGAAGACCAAGCAACAUGUACACUGCAGAGCUAGUCUCCAGAGGAUAUAUAAACAUAGGCUUUGCAGACUAUGGUGCAGUGUGGAGAAUGGUUCGAAAGUUUGGCCAUUCCUCUCUAAAGAUGUAUGGAGAAAAUAUGAAACAUUUGAUAGAAACUGUUUCUGCUGAGAAUGAAGAUUUUCAUAAAAGAUUGAAGGCUUUAAACGGAAAGCCAACAGAAGUUAAAUAUGAACUCGGCUUAUCAAUAUUGAACAUAAUUUCUGGCAUGGUGUUUGGAGAUCGAUAUGAACGAGAUGAUCCAGAGUUUAAGCAGUUAAUAGAUUUUGCUACUGAUGUUUUUGCUGGGUUAGGUAAUAGUGACGCUGUUUCUUUUCUACCAUGGUUGAGAUACUUUCCUUUGCCAGGUUUGAAAAUGCUUAAACGUGCAAUAAAAAUCCGGGACGCGUUGUUAAAAAAGAAAUUAUUAGAACACAAAAAAUCGUUUGAUGGAGAGAAUGUGCAUAGUAUAACCGAUGCGUUAUUAAAAGUUACGGCAGACAAAAAGAUUAUUAAAGAAUGUGGUCAAACCUUCACAGACGAUCACUUAGAGAUGAUUCUCAACGAUGUCUUUGUAGGAGGGUAUGAAACAACUUUAACAACUGUACGAUGGAGUGUACUUUAUUUGAUUCACUGGCCUCAAUACCAAGAGAAGAUUUACGAAGAGAUUAUUAAAAUUUCUGGAACUGACCGCUAUCCAGAUUUAAAUGACCGCUCUUCGCUUCCUUUCACGCAUGCGUGUAUCAACGAAACUUUGAGACUGUGUUCGUUGGCACCAUUAAGUGUUCCACACAAAGCUAUUCAGGACAGUAGUAUUGGAGGAAAAGCUGUACCAAAAGAUGCUUUAGUCUUGUUUAACAUUUGGAAUAUACACAAUAAUAAAAAAUAUUGGAAAGACCCUGAAACCUUUGAUCCUACGCGUUGGUUAGAUGAAAAUGGGGAAUUUGUUGUGGGGAGGCAUAUAAGUUAUUUGCCUUUUUCAGCUGGAAGAAGGGUUUGUCUGGGUGAAAGUUUAGCUAAGCUGGAGUUAUUUACUUUCUACACCCGUAUGGUAAGAAAUUUUAAAAUUGAAAAUGUUCCAGAUGCGCCAUUACCUACUUUAGAUGGAAACAUUGGUAUCACAUUAUCACCCAAAAAGUUUAAAGUUGUGUUUACACCACGCGAGAAUAACCUAAUACAGAGUUAGAGAACUGUUCUAUAGGAUGCUUUGUAACUUGUUGUAAAAUAAAUUUUUUUUGUUGUUGACUAAAUGUGUAUAAUGUAUAAUUCUGUCAACAUUAAAAAUAAUAUUAUAUA